GUGGUGGUGGUGGUGGCAGAUCCACGGGGCGGUGCGCGUAGCGGGAGAAAGCUCCACUCUGUAUUCCACACACAAAAAAACAAAACAAGGAGAGAGAGGGAGAAGCAGAAACAAGGGAGGAGGGCUGAUCCGUGCAGAGUUCGUCCAAACUACUCCACCGCUUCACCGUCCGUCUGUCCGGCCCUGGCUGCAGGACUAAAGCAGGAGGACAACCGGGAACUUGGGGAACUAACGCACAGGGACGCGCCAGCACAUUUACCACUAUAGGUGCCAAUUGUGCACACGGAGAAAAAGAGAGAGAGAGAGAGAGAGAGUGGGGGAAAAUAGGCGACAUUUUCCCCACGGAGGAACUCUCCAAGUGUUGGUUGGAAACUUCCCAGCAUAGCAUCGAUCUUUUUGGAGGACCUCCCGCCCACUUCUUACCUCCACAAACCCUGGAAAGGAAGGAGGCAUAGAGUUGGAGCAACAAAAGAGGCUACAUGGUGACAUCCACGGCGCAGCCUUUGAUUUGAUUUAUUUACAACCAUCAUCAUCAUUUAUUAUUAUUAUUAUUAUUAUCAUCAUCAUCAUCAACACCACCUUCUUUACGAUUUUUGGAUCCGAUUCAGGGCUUUUAUGGACUAACUGCAAACUCUCCACACAUAUUAUUAAGAAGGGAAUAGCCGCAGACGUCAAAAAUUGAUGCUUGGGACACGGUUACGCACGAACCUCCAUCUAUUUUUUGCCAACUCCUAAGAUUUUCAGGACCGAAAGUGGGAUUUUUUUUUUUUUUUUUUUUCUGCAGAAGUUGCAUCGACUAUAAAGUGAACACCUUAUUCCAUCCAAGUCUUAGGUUAUCACAGAAGAAGAGACCCCCCCCACCACCACCACCCAGGAUAGUUUGAGGUGCCAUGGCGAUGUGUGUGGGGAUAUGGAUACUGGUGUUGGCGCUGCACAUCCCAGCUGGCAACGGACAGAUGGUACAGAUGGACUCCAGUAAGUCCGGCUUCGUGGGUUCGCAAGUGGAACUUCGCUGUAUUUUCAUCAACAGUAACCCGCCGGUGAAGAUCUCUCAAGUCACCUGGCAGAAGCUUCUCAACGGGACCAAGCAGAACGUGGCCAUCGCCAACCCCGCCCUGGGCGUGUCCGUCCUGCCGCCCUUCAAGGAAAGGGUCAGCUUCAAGCAGGCGGCGGUCCGUCACCGUACGCCCUCCCUGGAGGACACCACCAUCGUGUUCUCCAACCUCCAGCUGUCCGACGAGGCCGCCUACAUCUGCGAGUACACCACGUUUCCUGCGGGCAACAGAGAAAAUAUGGUCAAUCUCACUGUAUUUGCUCGACCCAUGACCCGCAUGACCCUGACGACACCCACCAUCGUGGCCAGGGCCCAGAAACGCAAGAUGACGGUGGCCACCUGCGUGUCGGCCAAUGGGAAGCCUCCGAGCGUCAUCAAAUGGGAAACCAGGUUGAAGGGCGAAGCCACGUUCCAGGAGACUCGCAACACAAACGGAACGGUGACGGUCCGAAGCAACUACGUGGUCAUACCGAGCCGCGAGACGCACAAGCAGAGGCUCACGUGCAUCGUGACGUAUCGGAAUGAAAAGAUCACGGACAGCGUCAUCCUCAACGUUCAGUAUGAACCCGAGGUGAAGAUCGAGGGCUUCGAUGGGAACUGGUACCUGAACCGUCAGAAUGUUCAGCUGACCUGCAGGGCCGACGCUAACCCCCCUGUCACCAUCUACCAAUGGAAACUGUUGAACGGCUCUCUUCCCUCUAAUGUGGAAAUCAAGAACAACACCCUGUUCUUCAAGGGGCCGGUGACCUACGACCUCGCCGGAACCUACGUCUGCGACGCGACUAACGGCAUCGGGACUCGCACCGGCAUUGUGGAUGUUAACAUCACGGAGAAGCCGAUGGCUCAGGGUCCCCCGGGUGGCGUUAUCGGCAUCCUUGGAGGUGUUGUUGCCAUUGGACUCAUCAUCGGCGUGGCUGUUACUGUUUUCAUGGUCCAUCGGCGGCAGCAGAAGACCCGCACUGAGACAGAUAAUGACCUCAUUGCUGUUGCUGCUGUUGCUGAUAGUUGUGUGACACAGGCUCCAGAGAAGCCAGAGUCCCCCACAAGGACUGACCUCCCACCUGCCCACAAGCCGGCCCCUCCCCCACCCAAAAAGAAGAACAGCGACAUGAAGGGACACUUGACAUCCGAUGACAUCCAGGUGGUUCAUCUCGACAAGGAGGAGGAAAUGCAGAAGCUUCCUCUUCAGCCUCCUUAUUACGACAUGGCGCCCUCUGAGUCGACCCCCUUCACUGAUAAACCGGACUCUGGGAGGCGUCCAGAAGAACUGUUGAACCCGGCCGAAUACAUGAGCUAUCAGCGCGUCUGCAACAUGGAUCACUACCCCGAAUCUCAGCCGGCCCAACCCUACCCCCCCGUUACUUUCUUGCCUCAGCAUCCCUACUCGCAGCCGCCUUCCGACGAGCCCAUGUACUCCAACACCAACUACCCCAUCCCCACCCCCGGACCAGGACCCGGACCCGGUCCCCGAGCUCCGUUCACCUUCCCCAAGGAGCAGUCGGUGUGACCUGCCACGCAACCUCCAACUUCACAAGAGGCGACGUGAUCGUACCGCCAACACUUCAUGGAAAACCAAGCUCCCUCCGCCUUCCUGCCAUAACCAGUGUCUAUAACCCCGCCCCCCAGAAACCCCUUCUUGCCUUGUGUAUUGUGCACUGCUUGUACCACCUUGUGAUGUUAACAUAGCGUACACCGACCCCCCACCACCACCACCACCAACGUAGACAGCGUUUUAACCCCCCCACCUCUCGCACGUGGUCGCUUCCUCACCUCUGAAUGUUUCGCUUCUUUGCCAACCGUCAAAACCGUGUACAGAAUAUGAUACUGUAUCACUCAAGAUCUGUUUCUUUUCUUCUGUUUCUAUUCUUUUUUUUUAUUAUUCUUUUUUUUCCCCCACAGUGAUGGUGACCUUUCAUAGCUUAGUGCUUCUUUUUGUUUGUUUUCAGUUCGUCUGUCAAUCAUAUGCUUGCUUCUUUCGAAAGUGGUGUAUACUGUAUGUGUGAUCGGGUGUAUAGUGAUGAAAAAAAGGUUAGUUAAAAAAAACAAACAAACAGACAGGCCGUAUGAUUUGUGAAGCUAAUUAUCAAUCUCUAAUGACAUGGACCACCCCUUUAAUGACAGUAAAUGACAAGUUGUGAAGUGAAGUUGUGAAUUGGCAGUCUCUUAACUGAAUCCUUAAUUACCGUCCAUAAUAACUCUGCUUUUACGGAGUUACUAAAUAUUUCGGAUCAUGAGAAGCGAAUGUUAUUCUCAAUAGCUAUGAAAAAAAAAACAACAACAAAGGGCUUUGAGAUCUAACAGUAUCUACUCUUCUAUUUUUCCAUUAUUAUUAUUAUUAUUAUUAUUAUUAUUAUUAUUAUUAUCAUUAUUAUUAUUAUCAUCUACCAGUAGUUGCCAAAGAAACAUUCAGUUUUUGUCCAUUUGCUUUCUGCGUUUACAUUGGUUAAUAGAAAAUAGCUGAUUUGCCAAUAAAGAGCUGAAGUCCCGCCCCUUCCUGUGUGUCCUAUAUUAAAAUAAUAAUAAUAAUAAUAAUAAUAAUGGAAGUCAAUAGCAAGAGUUGAUUUUUUUGAUCCCAUUUGAGGCACAUGUUACAGAGACUACUUAAAGUAUUAUUUUAGAAGUCAUGUAAGUUGUAGUUUGUUGUUGAAAUGGUAAAAUGACAUCUAGUCUCAUGUGAAAUGGCUACAUGAUACAUGUCACCAACACUAAAAUGAAUGUUACUUCAAUGUAUUUUACCUCAGAGUUGAAGAACUAGGUGCAUAAGUAUUAAAGAGGUGAAACAUCCAUCCAGUUUGGUCAUGUUGAAGCUGCUGAGACAGAGACGGUUAUGUCACUUACGUAGCUUUAGGGGCUUAUUUAGCUUUAGUUUCCCUGUUCAUGUCUGGUAUUUCACUGAUUUUAAAACAAAUGGCAACUUUCUUGACUUGUAAAACUACCUUUUAAAGUGAUAAAUAUCAUACGUGUAAAUGGUGACACUAUUUACAUGUUACAAAAAGAAAAAUAUUCAUCUGUCAUUGACCACCACUCGUAUUUUUUAAGUUAGGGGAAAGGAGCGAGGCUUCAGCUCUGUUUCUACAUCCCAGUUUACAUAAUAGACCACAUUCACACGGCGGCCAUUUUCCUCUGAUGUCACGGUUAGGAUUGGAAAUAAAGGAUAAAUUCACACAAUUGUGGUCAGUUUUUAUAAUGGACAGAUGUCCCCUCGUAUCAUGUAUUGGACAAUGGUGUUAGCUAAGAAGUGGUUGGAUGCUAAUGUCAAAUUUGCUGUUUUACUUUAAAAUACAGUCAAAUAUCCAUCCAUAUUUUCACUCUUCUUUGUCUUUUCAUCGGACAGUGAAAAUCUGAAGGUAUAUCAGAUCAUAUUUCAAAGUAAACCAACGUAUAUGAAGUCAACAGCUAACAUUAGCAUGAAGCUGCUUUGUAGCUAACUCUAUUGUUUGAACAGGAAGAGUGUAUUUUAUUGCUGAAACGUGUGUUUCCAACACUUGGUCAAGUGUUAGAUAUUUUAGAAAUUGUUUACACCUUUCUUAUUGUAUGACAAUGCUAAUGCUCACUAAGAAGUUGUAGCAUGCUAACACUAGUGGUUGAAUACAGACAGUUUUAAAUAUGCUGUUUAUUUUGAUAUAAGUUCUGAUAUCCAUCCAGGUUUUCACUCUGUUGUUUCUCAGUAGAUCAGCAGAGUCCUGAAAACAGUUUGUUGAUUUCCUGGUGUUAUAAAACUUGAAGAUGUAAUAAUAUCGCUGGGAAAUGAA